GUAAGUGUGCAAAGCUUCAAAGCAAUGAUAUAUAAGAACAUCAAUACAUUAAUUCACCACUCAUCAUAACAUUUUAUUAAUAUUCUUUUUGGGUUCUAGCUACCAUAGAUAUCUCUCAUCGCAACAUAUUUCACAUAUAAUAGAGAUUAAACACAAAUUCUUUGUGACAUAGAUUGUUUCUACAUCGUGUAUUGUAAGGUAUCAACACAUGUACUGUUAAUAUGUCUGAGAAGGAAAAAAAGGACGAGAAGGAAUAUUUUAAAUUCGACGAUGAAAUAGUGAAAGCACAGAAAGCAGCAGCUAUGAAAAAGUGGGAACAAUUCAAGGCCAUCAUCAACAACAAGGAGUUACUGAAAAAGCCUUUUGACAUGUUUGGGAACACUGCAAUUCAUGUAGUAGCUCGCUCGGGACGCGAACAACAACAAGUCUUGAUAGAAUUACUCCACAUGCUAUCUCACACGGAGCAAUUAGAUGCGUUGAGGUGGCAGAAUUGUGAAGGGAACACAGUUCUUCACGAGGUGAUGUUGCUGGAUGAUCCAAAGAUGGUGGACGUGAUCAUGGAAGUUGAUAAGAUGAUGGAACAUGAUAAAAAGCCACUUCUGGAGAUAGUAAACAACGCUAAUGAAACCCCAGCUUAUAGGGCUGCAAAGUAUGGGAUGCUACGUGUGCUCAAGCACUUGCAUGCAAACUAUGGCAUUGAGUAUAAGCAUUUUCCAGACCAACUAUUUAAGGGAUUGAAGCGUCCAAUUCUUCAUUAUUGUCUGCUCACUUUUAAUUUUGGCACUGCUAUUUGGUUGCUCGAAAACAUAGGUAAACGUCUUGCUCGAAAAAAGGUUAAGAAACUUCCAAACAAUACUGGGGAAGAGAAUAGAGAUGAAGAGGAUAAGGAUGGAAUUGCCUGUUUAAAGGUGUUAUCAAAAAUGCCAAUGGCUUUCGAGAGCACAGAUACCCGAAAAAUGGGACUUACAAAGACACUCAUAUAUAAAUUGCUUCCUGAGGAUGGAUAUGAAUCAGAAUCGGAAGAAGAUGAUGCCAGAAACAGUUCAGUCAAAGUCACAAGAGAUGAAGAAAGCAGCCAACCAAAUGAUGAAAACAAAACGACAACCAAAUCAAAAAUUGGGAUCAUUCUAUCACGAGUCAACUAUGCUUUCUGGAAACGUGCAAAAGGGUACAUUUAUAUUGAAAAUAUUUGGAAUAAAAAGAAGAGCCACAAGUUCGCAGAGCAAUUACUUGAAUUACUAUUGGAUAGUGAUGACUCGUGGAAGCAGUGUGUCUUGGUACCCCCUAAUGAGCCAAUAGGGUUUUCAAUGAGGUUUCCUUCUAACGUCACAAAAAGGAAAGAGGACAUUGAGUUGAAAGAUAGGGUUGAGAUGGAGGAGAGAGUAAAAGAAUCACUCAAAGAAAGUAGAGAUAAGAGUUUAAAUUUAGCUAAGAACACUUUAGCAAUGUGGGAAACGCCACUUUUCUUGGGUGCAGCGUCAGGGAUUGUAGAAGUGGUGAAGCGAAUAGUUGAAAGGUAUCCUGAAGCUAUUUCUUAUGUUAACGAUGAUGGCCUCAACGUACUGCAUGUGGCAGUGAAGCACCGUCAGUUAAAAAUAUAUGAAUACAUAGUGAAAAUUCCAGCGUAUGAGUCAUUGAUAACACGGAUAAGUAAAGAUAAACGUACUAUCUUGCACCAAGCUGCAAGCAUGGACUACUAUAGAGAACAAAGCGUGGCUGGUGUGGCAUACCAACUGCAACGUGAGCUACAAUGGUAUCAUCGAGUUAGUGAAAUUGUUCCGAGACAAUACUUGAUGCAUACCGACAAAGAUGGUUUAACACCAGGAGGUCUUUUGGACAUAGAUCAUGCAGAUAUGCAUAAUGAGGCAAAGCAAUGGAUGAAGGAAACAUCUCAAUCAUGUUCCACUGUAGCAGUGCUAAUUGCUGGUGUUGUCUUUGCAGCUGCAUAUGCCAUCCCAGGAGGGACUGAAGGAGGAAGACCUGUGUUAAGUAACUCUUCUGCAUUCAGAAUUUUCACCAUCAUGGAUGUUGUGGCUCUUGCCACCUCAUUGGGUUCGGUGGUCAUGUUUCUUUCUAUACUCACUUCUUCAUUUGAAUUGUGGGAAUUUCACAAGUCCUUGCCUCGAAAGUUGAAGUUGGGAUUUAUGAUGCUAUUUUUCUCACUCAUCACCACAAUGCUAGCAUUUGCUGCCACCAUAUUGCUCACCAUUCGAUUGGAGGGGAACAAGAAGUCAACAACUUUAGCAUACAGUUUGGCCUUUGUCAUCGUUUCUAUAUUUGGGUUGACACAAUUCCCUUUAUAUGAAAUGCUUGAAGAUCAAUUCGAGAAUUGUUCCCAAAUUUGGAAGUCAUUGCGUAAAAUAGUUUAAAGAUCUAUAACACACAUGUUCAACUUGACCUAUACUUUCAUUAUUCCCCAUAAUUCAUUAGUUUCUGAUCAUUAUAGUUUUCUAUUGUGAUUUUGGUAAGUUGUUAUUAUGUGUUUUGGUGAGUUGAUAUUUUGUUUCAAUAGUCACAUCGAGUCCCAAACAAGUUUGUUGAGUUACGGAUAAGCUAGCUGGCUCAUGUGCAUGCAAGUAUUUAUAUAUGUAUGAAUGGCUUUAAGUUUAAUGGAAAUU